AGUUCAACCUUAAGGUAGACUCUAAGCAGGUUCGUUCACCUAGGCUGUUGGCAAAUCAUCAUCGCAUCCCAAUCGUGGCUCAGACAGCAACUUUUCUCAAAUUCGUGCCCACGAUGUAUGCUCUCACACUGAAGGCUGAGCUGGCUGGAGUCACGAACCUGCGGCCAAAAGACACCCAAGAAGCCAACUUCUUUUACACAUUCAGGGUGCAAUGCACGUCUUGCAGAGAAAUUCAUCCUAACCCCAUUGCCGUCAACCGCUUCGAUACGAACGAGAUGAGCGGCAGCAGGGGCGAGGCCAACUUUGUGUGGAAGUGUAAGAAUUGCAAGAGGGAAUCCUCGGCAACGAUAAGAACCGCCCCAACCCCGUACGAGCAAACAGAACCUGCCGCGGCGCAGAAGAUCCUCGAGUUUGACUGCAGGGGGUUAGAGUUCACAGAGUUCAUCCCGGAGGGAGAGUGGCUUGCGGACGGCAUCGACUCGGGAACCAAGUUUGAAGGGCUAGACCUAACCGAGGGAGAGUGGUUCGACUACGAUGAGAAGGCGGGCGAGGAAGUCAGCAUCAGAGACUUGGUGUGGGACAUAGUGCGGGCAUAAACAAGAUGAAUUCCGAGACAGAGCUAAGCGAAGAG